GAAAAAACUAGACUAUCUCCUCGCCGAGAGUGUCGUCGGCUUGUCGCCGUUGCAGUGAGCAUUCCUCCGGGGAGGAGAUCGAGGUUUUUUUUUUUUUUUUUUUUUAUCGUCGAUCUCCCUCUCCCUGUCCAUUCCCAACUGCACCCCAAGUUGCCCUUGCGGUUAUGGAAGUAUCAAGCAGGUUCAUCGCCGACCUAACAACGUAAGGUCCCCAACUAUCUCCGAAAGGCGCAGAGCGGGAUGAUACCGUAACCCCAAGAGCAGAUCACUGCGGGGGCCGCGACGGAGCAGUCUCAGGAUCCGAUGGAAUCGGGCGGUGAAGCUUCCACGGAGGCUCCUCCGAAGCAGGUGGCUCUGGCCAUGGAGCGGCUGGCGUCCGCCGCUCGUAAAAUCGCUGAUAUCCGACUGGGGGCGGACCGCCUCCUCGAAGCGAUUUUCUUGGCGACAGAAGGUCCUCAGCAGUCGAUCAACAAGACCGUACAGCUCAUCCUCAGUGAGGAAACCUCCAUGCGCCAGCACUUCCAGGAUCUGAGCAGACUGGGAAGCCAACUGGAAACAUCUGGAGUUUGAGUGGUGCUACCAAGCUACGAAGUAAUUCUUGGGGGUUGCACAUGCCCCUUAUUUGUCCAGAUGGUGCUGUUGUUGCAUAUGCUUGGAAACGACAACUUGCAGGUCAAGCUGGCGCAUCAGCUGUUGACAGGACUAGAUUAGCUCUCAAGGCGUUCACUGACCAGAAAAGACGAUUUUUCCCUCACCUAGAAGAUGAACUAUCCGGAGAUGGAGAUCUUGGAAUUGCCAACAAACGGUGGAACUCCCUAGGAUCUGUCAGGAAUCAAAGAGAAGAAUUCAGGGAGAACAAGUCUUUAUCUGAUGUUCUCAGAAGUUUGGAGCAUGAGUUUCCAAAUGUAAGAAUCUUUACCUAUCAGCGUCUAGAUUGGUCAAAGAGAGCUUCCUCAUUGUCAAGUGAAAAUACAAUGGAUCCAUUCAAGGAUCAGAUUGUGAAUCACCCAAGCAAUUUAAGCUCUGGUGCAGUGAAUGUUGCUGCAGCAGAUCAAGCAGCUGUUAUUGAGUUGCUGGUUCCUUUUAUCUUCAGAGCUGUGGUAUCGUUGCAUCCAGCAGGAUCCAUAAACCCUGAUGCUGUGGCAUUUUUCGCUGCUGCUGAGGGAGGGAACUACAUACAUGCAAGGGGUAUGUCAGUUCAUCAUGUAUUUAGACACAUCACUGAGCAUGCUGAUAGAGCACUGCAACACUUCCUUAGUGUAGGAAAUGAUCUUUCCCUUGCUCUUCUUCUGCAUUGGAUCUGCUGCCAUCAUACUUUAUUUUCAAAAGCAUGCAGUAAAUGUGGCCGUCUCUUAAUGAUAGACAAAUCAUUAGCUUUGCUUUAACCUCCUGUUCACCAUGCCUAUUGGGAAACCACUGUAACCAAUUCUAGCUGGACAGAAUUGGCUCAAAUUAUGGCUAACCAACCAGUUUCUGCUUAUCAUAUUGGGUGCUCAGCUGGUAAUGCCCGAGAAAAUUAACACUGUGCAACAAUGUUCAUCUUGUUGUGUUCCCAUUGUUGAUCCACUUUGUCACUUCUGAGAUCUGUCCUAAUAUAAUGCUACUGGUAAGCAUUCUCAGAGACUUUUCUUUUUACCCUUGGAAUGACAUUUUUAGGUCUGAUUUUUUUUUCAGUUGUGGAAACUUAGUUAUGAUAAUAGAUCUGCGUACAUUUUCUUUUAUUUUCUUCUGUGCCAUUGUGUUUCCAGUUAUUAUAUGAUCAAGUCACUUGAAUGAAAUUAGAUGCAGGGAACUUGCUAUGCUCAUCUUUUCAUCUUAGCUACUAUUUUCCUAUUGAAAUUUGUACAAUUUCUCAUUUGUCAUGGACCAUAUCUCUUGGCUGUUUUUGUGAUCAAGUGUUUUCUUUUGAAAUGUAUAUUUAUUUAUUUUAUUUAUUUUUACAUAUUCUAAUGAAUAAUAUGCUUUGUUUGUUCGGGACCGAAGGACCUGAGAGUAAUUUUGUAAAUAUUCUAGGAUUUGAUCAUCACAUGUCCAAAAUUUGAUGACUAUAUAGGUAUUGGAGACUUAAUUAGAUGUAAGAUUCUCUGUUCAUUUAAUAUGAUAUCAGAGUCAUAAGCUGACACAACACUUGUACAUGUUGUGCUAGAGUUCGCAGCUAUCUUGGUCUAGGUGGAAGCAUUCUAAUAUAACCCUACAUUUAGUGGCGGAUCCAGGAAUUCAAGUAUGGAGUGACAAUCAUGAUAAACAAGGAGCGGUAUCCUCCAUCUCCACCAGUAAAACCCCAUAAUACUAGGGGUUCCACCGCCAGCAAGGGGGGGCGACCGCCGAUGCCGCCCCCCCGGAUCCCCCCUGCCUACAUUUGUCUCAUCUACUAGUUCUGGGGUUGAGAAAAUUGACAAGACACACUUGCACGACACAACUCAUCUUGCAAUUUGCCAGUUUAGAUAUGAAGUAUAAUUAAAAAUACAAUAUAAUAUUUUAUUUAAAAAUUCGGUAUAAAUAUAAAGUAUAUAGCAUAUAUGUUAUAACAUAUAAUUAAUUACAUGGAUUAUAUUUUAAAAUUUUCUACAUAAUUCAAAAUAUAUAUCAUAUUGCUUGAAUAUAAAAUUUACUUUAAGUUUAUUAAAUGGAUCAUGCCAUUUAAUCUAUUUAUCCUUGAUGAUAAGGUGGUGGAGAAGUGCCCAUGCUAGAACUGCUGUGCUUCUAGAUUUACCCGGUGGGUGAACAGGGAGAAGACCGAUCACUUCCAGGAUUAGCUGGACCCAAUACUUGGAUUAAAAAAAUGUAUGUAAGAUAUAAUUUGCUAAUUAUAGCCAUGCCUGGCUCACAAGUAGGGUCUGAGGUGGUAAACUUGUUUGAGGCUUGACCUCACAUUUAGGUGUAAUAGUCCUAUCAAAAGUUCAAUUUCUCCGUUGACCGCCUUUUGCCAUUGUCCAAGCAUGACCUACUCUCAAUAGAUCCAAUCGUCUCAAGCUUGACAAUCAUAAUAUAUGGUCAGGCCAUAUGAUUUUAAAAGAUUUCUCAUUAUUGAGUCUACAUGGGAAAAGUCAUUUAUCUUAUAUAGUUACUGGGCGAUAUUUGUGUUCUGCAGUAAGCUAGCUUAUGCAAAUGCCUCAGAAGUGUCAUUAGGAAGCAAUGUUAAGAAGCUUGCAAUAUAUUAAAAAGAUCUCAAAGAAAAUGUCUACUCUAUUGGAAAUAUGGAUAUAAAAUAUUAGAAUUUUUUCUUAUCCUAUUGAUUUAAGUCUAUAUGUAUACUGGAGUCAAUCUAUAAGAAACAAAGCAUUGUAGCACAGUCCAAUGCUGAAGCAAAAUACAGGGUAAUAACACAAUUUAUGACAUGCAAUGGAUCAAGUCUUUAUUGAUGACCUUAGUCUUACUAUUAUUGAAUUAAUAAAUAUGCACUGCAACAAUUAAACCACCUUUCAUAUUGCAAAUAAUCCUGUGUUCAUUCCAUGAACACAUUAAUUAAAUUGAGAUUGGCUGCCAUUUCGUCUGAGAUGUCUUAUGUCUUAGAAGUUCAUCACGCCAUAUACUUUUACCUGCUACUUGAUUUAUGUGUAUGUAACAAGUUUAGAUAUACAUGCUUUAGUUUGAGGGAAGUGUUAGAUUAAUCAAGGAGCUUACUUUUAAGACAUAAUCUAAUAUAAUGCCUAAAUUUUAGAUAAAAUUAGUUAUCCCUCAUCAUCAUCAUCAAGCUGUAUUUCCCAAAACUAUAAAAUUAGUCACCGAUAAAGGAUACAAAGACAAAUUGUGACAUUAUCUUUCAACAUAAUAAUUUUGCACCGGGUUUUGAACUUCUAUCAUACAGCUUCUGUAGAGCAAGGAUUUCAAUACCAGAGGUAACUUUGAACACUAGACCAAGCAUCAAUGUGAGCUAUAUGCUAGUGUGAAUUAAUUCAUGUGUUGCCUGCAACAGAGGUUUGAUUCCAUUUCAUUGCUUGAAUGAACUAACUUGAAAUGGAAUGCUUGUUUUCUGAGAAUGAUAAUGUCUACCAGUCUUUCUAGAAUUGAACAUAUGGAAUGCACAUUUAACUUUCGGCACAUAGUUGAAUUAUCUACCUCUAACGUUAUGCAUAAAAUGAAAGGGUAUUUUCUAAAGAAACCAAAUAUCAGAAUAUAAGUAAUUAUUUGACUUAUCAUUCCAUUCUAUUUCAUUUCUGAUUCUAUUUAUGUGCAUUGUAUUAUAACUAAGGUCCUCAUGGCAUUUUCGCAACUUGGAUUGUCAUUUGAAGAUCAUCUAGCAAGGUCUCUGUUUUUGAAAUGAGUUGGCAACUUGCAGAUUUUAGUGUUUUUCCUCGUCAAGCUAACAAAAUGUGGUCCAACAACUAUCAACAGAAGUAACAUUAAAGCUUGAUGGACCUGCUCCUCUUGUUAGUAAUUGAAUUUCAUUAUUCUAAUUAAUGAACAAUUUCAGUCAUAGAAUAAUUUCAUUAUAACAAAGGACCCUUCCAUUGACUGUAUAAUCCCUGUCACUGUUUCUGUUUUGAGCAUAAACUUAUCAAAUGUAGCCAAAUCCUUGUGAAGCAUAAUGCAGGAGUCAUCUUUUAGGUUUAUUGAAGGUACUUGAAAUGGAACCACUCAAGAGGAGGAAGGGGACAAUAUUGAUUGCUGAAUUGACUUAUGAUUCUUGUUUUCGCUAAACUACUUUUUGAUUAAUUGUUUAUUGAGAUGACAUCACCAAAGUCACUUUCUUCUUUCUUUGGCAAUAAUUAACAGUUGUUGCAAUUUGAAAUUUAGUUUGUAACGAAAGAAAUGCACACUUAAUUGAAUAGUUUAGAACCAUAAUGACAGAAAACAAACAUGAACCAUGUGGACCCUUGACAUGACUACUUUCUUUAUGCCUCUACAAAGGAAGUUGAUUAGUCCCUCUUGGCUCUUGCUAUCGAGAAAGGUAAUCUUCUAAAGUUGACUGAAUAACCUACAUUUUGUUGUAUCUGUUGUGUUAUCUGUUUUUUUAGGUGGUUAAAAGUUUUACACUUUUUUUCAUUACCAUUUCAACUUUUAUGCUUGUAUUGUCUUCCUCCGAGUCCUUGAAAGUAUUAAGUUAUAUGCUUAUGGGCUUCUAGAUAAGAUAUAUUUGGAUAUUUUAUAUAUGGUUUACCGAGUUUUGUUCAUGGAUCUUAAUGAGAGGGGAGAUUAUUAUCUUAGAUCAUAACUUUCAGGAACU